GCAGGAGGGCGCCCUGGCCCCCACAGCUUCGGCGCUCAGCAUUUACAAGGGUCCAAGGGGGAUCGUCCUCGCCGGCAUCGUCUCAGAGGCCUUCCACCGGGCGACGGGCUCGGUGGCUGGGCGCGGACGCGCCGGACGCCUGCCCCGAUGCUGCGUGGCCGUCGUCGACGCGGAGCACCGCGGAAUGUGCAUGCUGGCGCCCCUGGCCAUCGCGUUCGAUGACUGCUCCCUGCGCGCGACGGGCACCGAGGCAGAGGUCGGCAUCUUGCUGGACCAGACGGCGGGGGCAGUCGCCGGGAGUUUCGAGCGGAUCUUGGGCGCCGUGGUUUCGAGGGGAAAGAGCGAGAUCCUCGGCGGCUCCGACGGGCUCCGCCGCAUCAUAGAGCCCAGCGUGGCUGUGGGCGCCUUCUUGCGCGCCAAGGCGGCCAGGAACCUCGGGGUGGACUACGCCAUGGGCGGGAAGGCUGUCACCGUGGCCAGCUCGAGCACGUUCACGAGCAGCUCCCAGGCCGACCGCGCCCUACGUGUGCGACGAUCGUCCAAGGCCGCGGGGGCUCAACUCAUCUACUCAGGUCUGAAGCCUGUCGCGACCUACGGCAUCUCGUGCAUGGCCUGGUCCACCAAGGCGCCGCUGCGCUGGCGGUCGCAGGGCCUGGCGGCGAGCCUGCAGCGCCCCGUCGACCCGGGGGCCAUCGACAAGCGCGCCCUCGGCCGCGAG